GCCGCUGAUCGGCAGGCUAGCUAGGUGCUGAGCUGAACCGGGGAGCGGGCAUGGAGGACACGGCGGCGACGCUGGCGGCGGAGCUGGACCGGCUGCUGUCCAUGGCGAGGGAGCUGGAGGCGCGCGUCGACGACGACCAGGGCGCGCCGGGCGCCGCCAGGGAGCUCUGCGCCGCGCUGGCCGAGUCCGUCGACCGGGCCAUGCGCCUCGCCGGGAGCAGCCCGCGCGGCGGCGACGGCGGGGGCAAUGCCGGCACCGGCAGGGCGAGCGCGAGCGGGCAGGUCAAGGGCGGCAGGAAGGCGGCGGCGAACAAGGUGCGGACGCAGGUGCGGGUGGCGUCGGUGACGGACGCGGGGCCGCUCAACGACGGGCUCAGCUGGCGCAAGUACGGCCAGAAGGACAUCCUGGGCGCCGCGUACCCCAGGGCAUACUUCCGGUGCACGCACCGGCACACGCAGGGCUGCCAGGCCACCAAGCAGGUCCAGCGCGCCCACGCCGACCCGCUGCUCUUCGACGUCGUGUACCUCGGCGCGCACACCUGCGCCCAGGCCGCCGCGGUCCUCGCCGGCCCGGAGCAGCAGCCUCCUGCUGCCUUCGCCCUGGAGCACCAGCAGAGCUCGCCGCCGGAAGGGAUUCAGUGGCCGGUAGAGCCCGUGACGCCGCCCCCCUUCCUCUCCUCGCCGGCCGGCUGCUACACGCCGGGAAGCCCCUGGUGCGAGCUUGCCGGCAGCUACGGCUACGCUGCCGGCGGGGGGCUCGGGGCUGACAUGGAGUAUGCGUACGACCAGUUCGACGAAAUGUUCUUGAAUCUGCCCGAGGUUUUCCAACCGGAUGGUCCGAACCUGUAGGUGCUGCGGCCAGUAUCGUACUGUAUUCGCACUAGCAUUUAGAUUCAGACUCCUGUGAUCGGCAUCCAACGGGAAGUAGUCAGUCGAACUGGUUCCUACCAGGUUACUCAACGAGUCGUGAAGGAUGAUAGCCUGUUAGCCAUGGCGAGAGAAAAUAACUGAACCAUCAACGUCUGGAGACUUAUAAUUUGAUCCUUGCAUAGGCAACCAUAGAGCAAAUAUGAAAUUAUUUGAAUUCUCA